CAAAUUCAAUACAAAGAUCAGCUCAUCAAAUCAUUGUUCGUUAACGCAUAUUCCGGCAUCUCUUUACUUCGUUUCCUCUUAUGCAUAUUGGUCUCGAGUUGGUAGAGCAGACCCAGCAGAACGACUUCGAGGAAAUCUUCUCUUCAGGCCUCCCAAUCUAGUAAAUAAAUAUGCUGUCCAAAAAGAGAGCAAUAAUUUACAUCGUUCUUGCUUACACGGUGUUUGCAUUUUUCUAUUUAUUCGGGCCAACAAUUUUGCAUCUGGAUAGUCCGCUUGAAACUCGUUCUAAAAAGAAAGAUGAUACGACUACUAUAGACCGCCAUGUUACUACUACACAGAGCAUGCCAGAUAAUGUUGGUGACAAAGUCAAAGGAACCCCUGCCUCGAUCCAAAAACCUUCCUCUAGAAAGGCACUUGGUUGGAGAAAUAAAUUUCAUUGGGAGUCCAAAAUAGACCAGCAUGGCUAUCGCGUCCUCAUUAACCCUCGGAAUAAAUGCAAGCAGUCGGAAAAUAUAACUUUGCUUAUCCUCGUCAAGACAAGAAUGAGUAGCAUAAGAGAGAGGAAUAUGAUCAGAGAAACGUAUGGUCAGGGGAUAGUGAAGUAUAAUGUGUCUGCAACUAUUAUAUUUCUACUUGGAAGAGAAAGUACACAUACUUCAGUUGCACAGGUUGAUCUCCAGAAGGAGGCUGAUCUACACGGAGAUAUUCUUCAAGAGGACUUCAUAGAUACCUACUACAAUCUAACCAUCAAACUUAUUAUGGGCUUCAAAUGGGCAUCGACAUCCUGCAGUAAUACUUACUUUGUAAUGUCAACAGAUGAUGAUUGCAUCGUCGACGUCGUUAACCUUGCCAAUGAUCUCGAAGCAAACACAUCUUCGACGUUUCUUUCGAAGUUUGCCUUGGCCGAGCGAGCUAUCAACUGGGUUCCGCACCGCGAUCCUGGUGAUAAGUGGUACACUCCACGGGAAUUGUAUUCGGCUGAUCGCUGGUUACCCUUUCCUCGAGGAUACGGUUAUGUUGUUUCCAGGGAGGUGGCUCACCUUCUUUACCAAGCUUCUCAGAAGAUUGCUCCUCCUGCACCCUGGGAUGAUGUCUACUGUGGUAUACUCUUACAUUCAUUGGGGAUAGAGAUGCAAGAUAUCAAAGUUUGGUUUAAGACCAAGCAUACACAUGCACCAUCAAGAGCACCAUUGAAGGUUCAGGACCACUAUGUGAUGGGGGUAAAUGGAAAUGCAAUGAACAUGAUGACCACAUGGACGGCAGUUGAAAAUAGGUACCAGAAAUAAGCAUGAAGGUAUAUAAGUAUAUAAUAAUGAUGAUGAUUUCCCGGGAGUUUCCUGAUUCAGGAAAUAUGUGCUACAUACUGUCAAACUUUAUUGUACCCAAUUGCUGAGUUGAACUCUUUUAGCCGAAAUAUUAGAAAAGUCAUUUUCGCAAAAAAGUAAUGUUGACCGGAGUAUCAAGCUCAUCGACGCGCUUAACACCUUGAUGUCAUCAUCAGCAGCAAUCGCACCUGCAGUGCACCGACCAACACCGCCACCGUGACCAAUGUAUUGAUCAAGUGCUUUCUUGAAUAACCUGUUUACCAAGGCUCUGGAACAAAGCUAAUCUUGUUCACUUCCUGGUUGAUUUUAUAUUCCAUCUUGCCUUUCUCUCCCGCAAAACUGGACAUUAACUGGAAAAGCCAUAUAGAAUUUCGAUUUUUAUCGAGUUUUUACAGUCAUUUCAAUAAGAAGUGUUACAAAAAAUGGAAUAUAUGAUUAUCAUACAGUAUAGGAAUAACAAUAGUGAAGGUAGGGGCCUACUGGGUUAUCCCCUCACAAAUAAAUAGGCCUAUAUUUAAAAGUACACAAGCACAUAUACGGUUAAACACUAAAAAGAAAAAUUUGUAUAACUAUUUUAUUCUUAUCAUAAUCGCCAUCUUCGUUUCCAGUAUUAUCGUCAUUUCUGUUUAUAUCAUAAUCUGUCAUUAUUGAUGGUGUAGGCCUAUUUGUAAUGUAAAUUACAAUAUACCAUUGUCUCACUAAACACAUUAAGAAUUAAACGCAGAAUAAUUAUUUUAACCGCUUAAGAGCUAUGAUUUCAAAAGUAUUAUUUUCAUUUGGUAGAUAAAGUACUUUAUCAUAUAGUAUUUAGAUUUAUCAUUGUGUACAGAUUUUGUUGAAUCCAGUAUGCGAACGCAUAAUUCGAACAGUCACAAUUGGACCUUUUGUUCCAAAGAACUAAACAUUCCUGUUAUUAGAAUGACUAAGGAAAUGUAUUCAUUCAUGAACAAAGUUGAGUCAGUUUAAACUUUGCUUAACAGUACGUAAUCCAAAUGAAAUGUAUUUUGAAUUAAUGCGAAAAUGUGAUCAGACCACACUUGACUUAACAUUUUUGCUGAAUACAACUGGUACGGAUUUUAUUUUCUCGAGUUUUGUGUGUAAGAAUUGCUUGGUUUUCGGAUGCUGCUGUAGCUGAGUAAUUUUUUGUCACGUUCAUGUUCACUUGAAAAUGCCCAUUGUAUGAUGUGUUAUUGUAAGUCAUACAACCGAUCUGGGGUGUUUCACAAAAAAAAGGUAACUUUGUCAUUUGGUAAGAACAAUGGUGGCACAGCCCAGCAACCAAUCACAACUCAAGGCUUCCAUGGUGGUUACUGCAAUGGCAAAGUUACCAUAGUUGUAAGUCUUUUUGAAACCGGGUCCGAGUUUCCAUUAACUUCACUCUUCGCAAAAAAAUCAAGGAAAUUGAAUCUUUAUCUCUUGUCUUCCAGAAUUAAUCUAUUUACUCAUGAGCAAAUAGUUAUAAGAAUUUGCUCUUUUCACUUUCUGGUGGAUUAAUAUAAUAAUAAUACAAAAAUUAUAUUAGCCCUUUGAAUUUGAAAUGGCAGUUAAUUGUCAUGUGCGCUGUAUAAGGAAACUUGGCCCUCGUUUUAUAGAAGGGGUAGACUCUAAUUAUUGUUUGCAAUCUUGAUUUAAUUCAUAUCGAUAUCUAUGAUUAAUAAAUGCGCUUCGGAAAUUAAUUAUAUUAUUCUCUGACACAUAUUUUGUAAAGAUAUUUUAAAGAUGUGUUUACAGACGCGAAAAGAGGUCCUAUCCCAUUUCCAUACCUUUGACAUACAUGAGAAACCACGUUUCACAUUUGUUUCACAUUAUUUACAAUUGUAUCAAAAGAUAUUUCUUAUUACCAAGGCUGUCUGAAAAUCGGAGACCACUAAUUAAAUGACCGACAACGCCGUCCUUCAUUAUAGAUCGGACGUUCUUACCGGCGCACAGUGGGCCAGAAUGAGUUGAAAGUGCGCCAAAAUUAUAUUCCAUGUUAUAUUUUUAUUUUCACAUGUUGGUUAUGGGUAAUUUAAUGGGCGUAGAAUCGACUGAAUAUAAUUUAACGCCGAUAAGAUGUCACCUUAAUACCUAAUUUUGAUUGGCUACUU